AUGCAGAAGCUUAUAGUGAACAAGGGGUUCGACAACAGCGCGGAGCAGCCCAGUAUAGUAAACAGCGGAAACACAGAAAACGGAAACGGGUUCAUAGAAUCCAUUUUUAAAAACAUAACAAAAAAUGAAUACUUCAGUGCAGGCGUCGGAAUCAUCUCAGUAGGAGCAUUCGUCACUGUAGCAAACAGACUAAACAGCUACCUCUACCAUGCAGUGAAAAAAAAUAUGUUCACGUCAUUAGAAAUUACAAUCAAUGAUAAUGCAUAUUAUUGGGUUCUAGAAUACAUUGUAAAAAAAGGUAUAAUUAGUAGACACCACAGCUUAAAAACACACAUGCAAAGUGACAAAAAUAAAAAAACGGUAUCCUUCUCCUUCCUACCCAGCAUAGGAAAUCACCUACUCAUAUAUGAUAAUAAAUUUAUAUUUAUUGAACGCAGUAGGGAAAAGACUAUGACUUCAGAUGUCAACAGAUCAGUCCCAUUCGAGAAUAUAAAACUCAGUACAUUCAUAUGGUCCAAAAAUAUUUUUUCAAAAAUAUUAACAGAUGCAAAAAUAUAUAUAGAAAAAAAAGAAGAGGGAAAAACUUUACUGUAUAAAACGUUUGGCCAUGAAUGGAGACCCUUUGGAACUCCAAAGAAUAAAAGACCUGUAGACUCUGUGAUCCUUCCAGAGCACCUCAGUGAACAUAUAAUUAAUGACCUCGAUACCUUUCUCAAUUCGAGUAAAUGGUAUAUUGAAAAAGGGAUACCUUAUAGGAGGUGUUACCUACUCCAUGGACCCCCUGGCUGUGGAAAAAGCAGUCUUAUUGCUGCUCUCGCUGGCCACUUUGACUUUAAUAUCUGCACCAUUAAUGUUAAUGACGUGUACUUAACCGACGACAGAUUUAUCCACCUCCUUGCCACCGUACCUCCAAAGACCAUUCUCAUUCUGGAAGAUAUUGAUUUUGUCUUUUGUACUCCUAGUGAAGCAAAUGCAAAAGUCGACUCCUCCUCCACAGCUUCAACCAUUUCCAAUUCCUUACUUGGCACUGGUAACAUAAAAACAUUAGGUGUCUCGUACAGUGGACUUCUAAACGCCCUGGAUGGUAUCGUCGCCACGGAAGAAAGGAUCAUUUUCAUGACCACGAACAAUAUAGAGAGGCUUCCAAGUACCCUGAUUAGACCAGGUAGGGUAGACCUAAAAAUAUUUAUACCAUAUGCAAACAGUUAUCAGUACAAAAAAAUGUUCUUACGCUUUUUUCCUAAUCAUGAAGAUCUGGCCCAGGAAUUCGCAACCAUAUUUGAGCGCUUCCACCUCAGCAUGGCUGAAAUACAAUCCUUCUUUCUGUUUGCAAAACACGACCCUCAUAAGACCAUUCAAAAUGCCAGGCACUGGGUGCAGACCUACGCACACAAGGGGGAGAACCAGCAGGGAUGA